AUGGUUGAUCGGCAGGAGGGGCUUCUUCCUAGACAGGCGGUGAGAAAGAAAAGGACACUUUCUAAGGUCCUUGCUGCUGUCCAAGAUUGUUGGAGAGACGCACAAUUAGGUCUGUCUCCUUAUGAUGUCCACUCUCAUGCAGGAUUCCUCAAGCAUUUAAUGCUAAGAUCUGGAAGGGAUGUGAAGACUGGUCUGCCUGAACUCAUGGUCAAUUUCGUAACAUCUUCUUACGAACCAGACCUGCUGAAGCCGCUGGUUGAGAAAAUAUCUUCAAUUCCUGAAGUGGUUAGUAUUAUGAAUAAUGUCAAUUCUUCUGUUGGUAACACAUCUGUUGGGGAGGAGGAGCACACUUUAUAUGGGAAAUCUACCAUCACUGAGACCUUAAGAGGGCUUACGUUUCAAAUCUCAGCCAACUCUUUCUUCCAAACAAAUACUCACCAGGCAGAGGUUCUAUAUAAACUUAUUGAAGAUUGUGCUGGUCUCAGAGGAGAUGGCUCAGAAAUUGUGCUUGACCUAUUUUGUGGAACUGGCACCAUUGGCUUGACCCUUGCAAGAAAGGUUAAACAUGUUUAUGGCUAUGAAGUAGUUCCUCAAGCUAUAUCAGAUGCACAUAGAAAUGCCACAUUGAAUGGUAUUUCUAAUGCUAAUUUUGUCCAAGGGGACCUCAACAAAAUUGGUGAAAAUUUUGGCAAUGAGUUUCCAAAGCCCGACAUUGUCAUUUCAGAUCCAAACCGCCCUGGUAUGCAUAUGAAAUUGAUUAAGUUCCUGCUAAAGCUUAAGGCACCACGCAUUGUUUACGUAUCGUGUAAUCCAGCCACAUGUGCACGUGACCUUGAUUACCUUUGUCAUGGUGUGACAGAGCAAAAUAUUAAAGGAUGUUACAAACUCAAAAGCCUACAGCCAGUGGACAUGUUCCCUCACACUCCGCAUAUCGAAUGUGUUUGCCUACUGGAACUAUCUUGACCUUUGGCCGCAAUUAUCAUGUGCCAACCUUUCGAGCCUAGAUUUUGAUUCAUUGUCAAUCUCUCAAGCAAUUCUCCUUGCAUAUUCAUCCUAGCUGCUCGGUUGCUCGCAAACUUGGCAGCUGAUAGAUCAUUGUGGGAAAAUAUCUGGUGGCGUGAUUUUCAGCUAUGUCGUUAAUUUUAGUUUCAGUGUUUAUAGUUACCAGGAUAAAGAACUUGAUCAUUGUUGGUUGAUGGAGUUUGUUGAUUAAUGUUAAAUAAAUAGCUCGAGUUCCAUAUGGUUAGUCCAAAAUCCAAAUUUAUGCCCCAUUUGGACCUUCUUUGUUAUUCAACUUUUGUAACUUUAUUCAUGUACUGUGAGAGAAGUUUCAAAUAAAAUCUAAGUUUGAAG